AUGGCGUGGAUCGGGCCGGAGGAGGCGCGAGCAUGCAAGACGAAGCUGUGGCCGCGCCCAGACAGGCAACGGAGAGGACGGUCCUGGCCCUGGCUGAUGUCGUGGCUGACGCUGGCUAUCGUGCUGUCAACCAUUGAGAACACAAGACGAUCUGAGGAGAACGAGGCCUUCGGACAGCAGGAGAAAUCUUUGUACAGAUUAGCGCGACUGUCAGCCUACAGCGAAGUCAGGAGCCCAGCUCAGUUCUGGGCAUGGCUCGAUAUCCGAUGGUUCCCUACGUCCACAUCCCUGGUGCGAGGCUCGUUCCUCUUCGACACAAGCAGCAACACAUCGGAGCCGAGGAGCUCCAACGACGAAGCUCCCUUGACCAUGAGGCAGCAUCGAGGAGGGAGCGGCGACUGCUCCUCUGAUCCCAUCCUUUCUCAUUUCAAGCCGUUGAACACCAUUCGAAAGAAGUUCUGCUUCCAGCGAGCCUCUGUGCCAUGGGAGCCGAGUGUGCUGGCGCAGUACGUUGAGUCCUCGAGGAAACGGUUCACCAUAGGAGAAUGUGCAGUAGGAUGCUCUGCUUUUGGAGAUGAUGGGUGCAAGAAGUUCCUACACACAAGCACGAAUGGCCUUCUGACAGGAUUUUUCUCCUCCUAUGGUUUCUCCGCCAUCAGCUUGUCUCAAGUCGGACAAACUUCCGACUCCCUUGUCCUUCACCUCCAAACUUGUCUCGGCGAGGCAGCGAGCCGAAUGCUUCUUUCCGCUGGUAAGGAGGCUCGGAGGGUCCUGAGCGUCGCGCCUUUCAACUCGUGCCUGACCAACAUCGAGGUCCGAAGAAGUCUCAUGGCGGCCAGUCUUAACUUGCAGCGGUUCCUGACCAAGUCUGGAACGGCACGGGCUGGGCCAGGCCCGUCAGACCUGCUCCUCGCAAGAGCUGCGACGAGUGGGAAGGGACCCUUGCGAGCUACCGUGAAGGUCAAGAGAGGAUAUGGAGGAUGGGAGCUGAGAGGAAGAGCAGAGAGCGGGAGCAGGGAGGAGGUUGUUGUCAUUGUAGGAGGAGGAAGCGGGCUGUCGUCAACAUUGCAAGGCAUGAGGACGAAUUCCUGGAUCGACAGAGACACGAGGGCCUUCGGACUUGACUCGUGGAUUCUCAACCCCGCUGCUCGAAGUGUAGCUCGACUUUCCUUCUUCCUCGAGUCAACAGCAGGGGGAGUUUUCCUCCCUCAGAUCUCCCUACGCGUCGUCUCGCUCUACGAGGGGGCAAGGCAGCAGACUGACGUCGUAACCUUGAUCGUCAUCGUCGUCUACCUCUCCUGGUCGCUCGCGUACUCGGUCCGUUACUAUCCGACCUCUUUGGUAGCAAGGGCGACGGUUUUCUUCCUCAAGAUGGUGUUGAAGUCAUCUUCACCUUCAUCGUCAUCUUUCCUCGACAAUCUGACGCAAGCUCUGUGCUGGAGGACAACUGAGUCUGUCCUCAACGGUCUGAGCUCCUUGCUCUUGUUCUUGGGCGCGUUCAGGUUCAGGAAGUCAAGCCGAUCACUUGUAUUCCUCCUACGAUCGUUUGCCAAGGCCUCCGCUCCCAUCGCUGUCCUCCUCCUUCUCGUCAUCAUGUUCCUCCUCCUUUCCUCCAUCCCCGCCGCCAUUUCCGUCUCCUCUUGGGGGGACUGCGUCCAGCUAGCAUUCAGCUCCCUCUUGACCUCCGACGUCUUCUACGGGGAAGCAGAGGAGGAAGCGAAACCCCAUCACAGGAGCUACCGGCUCUCUUCGCCCCUUGCCGAAGCGUCAAACGUUUUCCAGCUGCUCCUGGGCCUGUCGAUCGUGUCUCCUCUCAUUGCUGCUGUCAUUCUCUACACCAUCCCGUUGGCUCGCAAACCAGACACGAGGAACAUGAGGGAUCCUCUACCUGAAGAGGCCAUCAUUUAUCACAAUAUCUUCAAACAAGACAUCUUCCUCUUGCUCAGGUGGAUUGAUCAUAUCAGAACUCAGUUCCGAGAAAUCUUUUGGCGCAGCAAGGUGAUAGAUAUGACGAUGACUAUGAAGAUGAAGGAGAUGAUGGAGAUGGGGAUGAUGAUGGAGAUGGAUCCCGAUUAUGACCCCUCAGAAUUUGAGCCCUUUACUGCCGGUGAUGUGUACUUCUGCAUUCACGAGAGGAUGGAACAAUUUCAUAGGCACAUGAUCGACAAGAUGAGCUCGACGUCGCAAGCUAUGGUUCGAACGAAGGACGCGACCCUUCAGGAGACAGGGAGGAGCAGGAAGUUGCGACGCUUCGGGCUCAGCGCAUGCGUGGAGGCCAUAAGGAAGGUGUCAUGGAAAGACGUCGUCUCCUCCCAGCCCAAGCACAAGGCCGUCACAGGCUCCGUCAACGUCCUCCUCCUCCUCGAGUUCCACCUCCACGGCAGGGUAGAGUCCUUCUUCUGGACUGGGUCGCUCCUCCAGGACGAGAUCCGCCCCGACCUCUGCGCCGAGUGCGACAUCGGGGUGGAGACUGAGCUCCUGCUUGACAAGCAGCUGGACUGGGAGGCCUUCCUCCUUGGAAGGGUCAUGGUCAAGGUGUUCCUGCUGGAGGACGAGGACGCGCUGCAUGAUCAGAGCAGGAGGAGAGAGCUGCUCACCGUCGUCCAGCCCCUCCAGCACGUCGCCAGCAUGCAGCAGACUCCUUCCCAGCUCGUCACCGUCUGGGACCCGCACGCAAUAACUCAGUCGUCGCUGCCGAGGACCAGCUCCGGGCCCAUCAGACCCUCAGUUGAUCUCACGCUCGGUGCAACUUCAGCACCGUCUUCGCCCAAGGAGCGCUGA